UCAAUUGCGGCAAGCGUUGUCAACGGACGUCUCUUCAAAGCCCACUGUGCAGCUAUUCAACGGCAAGCUAACUUCGACUUCGACGCAAGCGCAGCCAGCCAACUAAACAGUACAAGCAGAAAAGAAGUAUUUAGAAGUGAAUGCAAAUGAUGCAAUCGCAUACAAUCACAACAGCAAAACAGUGAACAGAGAAUAACGAAAAUAGCAACAGUUCCAGCUACCAAAACCCUGCUGUGCGUGUCCGGGUGCGUGCGUGUGUGCGUUUUUGCUUAUGCUUAUGCUUAUGCUUAUGCUUCGAGUUUAACUUAAGAAUGUGUCAAUGAUAAAUGAUCUGGUCGGUCGAAAAGUUAACAGAAAGUAACUGCCAAAAUCCGUAAGAGCAGUUCUUGGACUUGCAAGGGGACAAAAUGUCCUUCAGAAUGAGGGAGGUUAAGGCGCUGCUGCGCAAGGACGUCAUUGUGCGCUGGCGUCAGAAGGGUCUGUCGUUAACGGUGAUCGUUUGGCCAUUGCUUGCAUUCAUGCUGAUUUAUCUAAUAAGGCUAAGAUAUGACUCGGAGCAGAUGGAUGCAUGCCAGUUUCCCACCCGAUUGCUGCCCACUAAAAAUCAGGUGGUACCCAGCGCAUUCUCCUACAUUUGCAGCAUAGAGAAUAAGUGCCUGAGCACCGAGCCGUACGAAGAGUAUUCCAAAUGGCAGGAAGCACCCCUGCAUUCUGUAAUUGAUAUUGUUAAUGUCUUCGUUACUGAUGAUCGUUUGUACAAUGCGCUCAUCGAGCUGCCAGAGAAGGCGAAUUUCGUAAAUGCGAUCACAACACUCCUAACCAGCAGCCAUCUCGAUCUCAUUCGAAGUAACAUUAGUCAAAUAGUUUCUUUGGUUCCCGAAAUUGAGCGCCUGAUGAACUACAGUUUUGAUAUCACAAAACUGUUUUCAAAUCGUGAGACAUUUGUGAAGCUGGGUAUUUUACUUUGUGGACAUCCGUUUCCCAGCACGGAAAGCAUACCUCUUGUCAACGAUAUACUUUACUCCGACGACCUCAGUGAGGUCAAUGACGAUGAACUAAAGGCCAUGCCAACCAAAUAUUGCAAGCGUUUGUAUUUGGAUGUUACUUCAACGAAUCAGGGCAAACUCACCUGGAAUUUCGUCAAGCCUAUUAUACAGGGUAAAAUUCUAUAUACGCCACCCAAUGCUGACACGGAGAGCAUUGUCAAUUUCACCAAUGGAACCUUCGAGGAAAUUGGUCGACUUAGGAAUGUAUCGAAAGCAGCCGCUAUUAUUGUUGACAAGCUGCAUACGAAUGCCACUUUCGGGCAGGCCUUUGAUAAUUUGCUGAAACUGGCCCGCUCCCCGCUCGUUCAAAGUUUGGUUGGCAGUGAAUUUAAUGUGGAGGAGAUCGAACGAAUCAUGAACUAUGUGCGCACCAAUGAGCUUAUCCAUCAGAUUUUGACUACUAUCAGUGAUCUUUUAGAGUGCAUUUCGGUUGAUCGUUUUGAGCCAGUGUCCAGUGUAUACAAAUUGCGACAUCGCGCCUAUGAGCUCAAUCAGCAGCGUCUCUUUCUAGCUGCCCUCAACUUUGAGGACGUAUCGGGUCAACAUAUAACCUAUAGAUUGCACAUGGACACGGACAAUACGCAGCCGACGUUCGAGAACAAAAAUCGAUUCUGGUUCCCGGGGCCAGCGUCAAGCAUGCUGGUGGAUCUCAAGUAUCAUCGUGGUUUUGUUCAGCUCAUGCAGAUGGUCGAUCUGGCAAUUAUCAAGCAUAAACGCCAGGAGCUGGGACCGGGCGAGAACUCUCAAUCUGAUGAAACCUCACGACCAACGAUUAGUUUAAAACGCGUUGAUGACGAUGAAGAUCUCUUUAAUAAUGAGGAUGAGGAUAACGAUGACAAUGCCGAUGAUUUUGAACAUGACGAAAGUUCGAGCAAUGAAUAUUCAACGACAACUCUUUCUGCUCAGCCUGACGACGAAGAAGAUACAACCAUCGUUGAGCAAAAAGAAAUGAGGGAGACUACAACGCUUCAUGGUUCUAAGCGAGAAACAGAAACAUCAACCGUUAAUCCAGACUUUAAAUUCCUUAGUAAUGACAAUUCGGACGACAUUAAAUUGCCAGACGGUAUUCAAGACGCUCUCAAUGAAGCCUUGGCAGAUGGCAGACUGAAUCUGGAUUUCCGGGGUGGUCGCGUUAAGCGUCAGGGUCUUUUGGAUCUGCUCAGCAGUUUCGGCAAUGGAAUUGAUAAUGUGAAAGGCAUUAAAUAUGAUGUAGACGAAAUGCAAUUCUAUACCAAACAAUUUCCCUAUCCCGCAUAUGUGCGCGAUGACUUCAAGCGCGGUAUUUACUUGGCGCAAGCUGUGCAGGUAUGCUUCUGCCUGGGUCUCGUUGUUGCUGUGGCGGUCUGCGUUCGAGAACGGAUCUGGAUGCGUGAGAGCCGCAAUAGUUUGUUAAUGCGCUCCAUGGGUAUGCAUGCACACUCAGAGCUGAUCGCUUGGAUAUUAAUUAGUUUCGUCGAGCUGUUCGUUAUAUUUGGGCUGGUCAGCCUUGUUCUCUAUAUUGGAGGUAUUUUGGUCUACACCAAUUGGUUCUUCAUGAUGUUUUACUGCCUGGCUUUUGGCGCUUGCCUAAUCUCAUUCUGCUAUAUGUGUUCGAACUUCUUUAUAUCUGCCAAUAUUGGUGCAGUCGCUGCGGCGUUGCUCUUCUUCAUCACCCUAUGUCCAUUUAUCAUAGUGCUGCUCUUCGAUGCGAAAUUGAAUCUGCUCGAGAGUUUUCUUGUGAAUUUGUCUUUUACGACCGCCUUUGCCAAGGGCUGGAGCGAACUGCUGCGCAUGGAACUGCAAGAGCAGGGCAUGACCGUUGGUCACCUUGUAAAGUUGGGACCCGCGGGUAGCGAGUGCGCGUUGGCCUUCCUUAUGUUCAUAUUCGAUCUGAUGCUAUAUGCGGUCAUUGGCUAUGGCUAUCAGCGCUAUAAGAAAACUAACUAUAGCUUUGUGCGUGUAACUCGCGCACAGCUUGAUGCCAAGCUGGGCGCCUCGCUGACCUGCGUCACGAAAAUGUAUGGCCACAAGUAUGCAUUGUCGAAUCUCAGCGUUGACUUUGCACGCAAUCAGGUCAGCUGCCUAUUGGGACGCAAUGGAGCCGGUAAGAGCACGCUCAUCAAGCUACUUACGGGCCAAACGGUGCAAACAACGGGUCAGGUGGUGCUCGCUGGUCAGCAUAAUGUGGGCGUUUGCUGGCAGGAUAAUGUACUCAUACCCAAGUUGACGGCACGUGAACAUCUGGAGCUAUAUGCCCAGCUCAAGUUAGAUGCUGUUGAUAGCGAGUGUGUGAGCGCGAAGCAGGAAGUGCGGCGUACAUUAAAGAGCCUGAACUUUGGAAAAUAUGAAAAUUAUUAUGCUUAUCAGCUAUCAGGCGGCUAUAAGCGGCGUCUCUGUGUAGCCAUUGCGUUCAUUGCCUCGCCCAGCGUAGUCAUCUUGGAUGAGCCCUGCAAUGGGGUCGAUGCCAAGGCGCGCAAGGAUAUAUGGCAGCUAAUUGAACAGCUGCGCCAGGGACGUGCUGUACUCUUUGCUACACACUUCCUCGACGAGGCCAAGUACCUUAGUGAUGCGCUCUUUAUCAUGCGCAAUGGUCGCAUUAUUGCCCAGCACAGCCGGGAUUCACUUCAGCGCAUCUGUACCUCGGAUUAUAGCAUGGAGAUGCGUUGCCUUGAUGCCAAUGCAUCCACUACUAUUAUACAACGAGCACAGCAGCUUCUGAGACAAAGCCAUGUGCUGCCUGGUCGUGAGACACAACAUUUGAUAAUUAGUGCUACCUAUGCUGAGAAUCUGACGCCGGCUGCUGUUCAGUUUCUGGAAUUUCUGCAGGCGCAGGAAGCGGCGGGACACAUUAGCGAUCUGAUGCUCAACAGUAGUUCCACUCUGGAGCAAGAGUUCGAACAGUUGAAUCGCAAAGAUGAAUCACUUGUACAGAUGAUGCCAACCACAUCGAGCAUUGUCACUGGCGCAACCGAUGUGUUGGAGCAGCCGCCUGGCUUCUGGACACAUUUCAUGCUGCUCCUGGGCAAACGACGGCGUCAUCUGAUGCGCAACUAUCGUCUGCUGCUCUACGUGCUGCUGCUGCCUGCCAUAUUUGAACUUUGCGCCAUGUGGUUUGUCAGCUAUCGUCUGGACGACGAUUUUGACACUGUUCUGCCAUUGAGUCGUACGCUAUAUCCGCAGAGUGCGCAAGUAAUGAGCGGGGAGAAAUUUACAGAAUUCACGGAAACUGUCUAUGGUAAUCUAACGUCCAAUUGUCAAACGGACUUUGAGUGUGGUGAAUUCACUAGCUCUCGGGAUGCCUUUAACUGGGUGCUAAACAGUCUGGAUAAGUAUCGGGGACGUCGCUAUGGCGGCUACGGCAUCAAUGGCACUGGCGCCACCGUCUGGUAUAACAACAAGGGCUACCAUGCCAUGGUGGCCUGGCUGAAUGAUCUGAACAGCCAACUGCUGCGCAGCUCGGUUAGCAAUUCAUCGUACGACAUACGUAUCUUAAAUGAGCCUUGGAAGUUGGCGUUUGCCGAGCUGAGUACCAGUUCGGUGCUGCGUCAAGCUGGUGACUCCUGCAUGGUCUUUAUACUACUGGUCGCAUUUAGCUUAGUAGUUGCAGCUGCCUCUGUUUACUUGGUCAAUGAGCGAGUUAAUGGCGAGAAGCUGCAGCAACGGCUGAGCGGCGUCAGCGCUGCCACUUACUGGCUGGUGGCCAUCCUCUGGGACUAUCUCAUUAUGGUGCUGGCUCUGAUCAUUUGUCUUGCAAUUGUGCUGAUUUUUAAUAUGCCCGUUUUUGUCGAUCGCCAGCAACUGAUGGGCAUUGUGGCUCUAUCUCUGAUGUUUAGCUUUGCGUGUGUGCCCGCCGUGCAUGUUGCGGAAAAGAUCUUCACUGACUCGAGCAUAGCUAUUGUUUCCAUUUUUUGCGCUAACAUUAUAAUUCCAGUGAUUACCAUGGGCAUUGUGCUAAUUCUAGGAGUUGUGGGUGAUAGUCCCACCUGGGACACUUGGCGGCACGGUCUAAACAAAGCCUUCCUCAUUUUCCCUCAGCAUGCAUUGGGCGAUGGCCUUCUGGAGCUCUGCAAGAACUAUAUGGUCGCUGUUGUCUUCAAGCGGUACGACAUUGACUCUUACAAGCUGCCGCUGGCUAGUGAUCUAUUGCAGCGUCACUUUAUAGCUUUGACUAUAGUUGGCAUUAUCUGUUUGCUGCUGAACUUGCUCAUUGAGUGUCAUUUGCUGAGCCACCUAUGGCAACAGAUGGCGAGCCUUUUAGACUGCCAGUAUAGACGUGAGCUGCGUAAGCUAGGUCAGCUGAAGCUCGUCAAUAUACAGAGUAUCUUUAAGAGUUGCGUAAGCGCCGACGAGGCACUACGUGUCGAGAAUCUCUGGCUUGCCUAUCGCCGUGGACGCUAUGCCGUCCGUCAGGUUCACUUUGGCGUGCAACGCGGUGAAUGCUUUGGACUCCUUGGCAAGAACGGAGCUGGCAAGUCGACCAUAUUCAAGAUACUUACGCGUCAGCUACUUCCAGAUGUGGGGCAUGUAUAUUUUGAACAUCCUGGCGUUUCGUAUUGCCCGCAGAGCAAUCCUCUAGAUCCUUUGUUGACCGUGAAGGAAUGCAUCCUGCUCUAUGGCCAAUUGCGAGGCAUCAAGCAGCUGGAUCUUCUGCUGGAACGCAUACUGGAUACCUAUGAGUUGCGCAACUAUCGAGAUAUCCAGGUAAAGAAGCUUAGUGGUGGCAAUCGACGGAAGCUGACAGUGGCCAUCAGCUGUUGCGGCUAUACACCCACCGUAUUAAUGGAUGAGCCGACGAGCGAUAUGGAUCCGGUGACACGAUCCUUUAUCUAUCGCACCAUUGAACAGUUGCUCGUGGCGCGGCGCGCUGUGCUAUUGACCUCGCACUCAAUAUCGGAAAUCGAGCAUCUGUGCCAGCGUGUCGCGGUGCUGAAGGACGGCCAGCUUGUGGCCAGCAACAGUCCGUCAGAGCUAAAGAGUCAGCACGGUGGCUACUAUGCAGUCAGCUGUUUCUGUGCGCCUAUUCAACAGGCGCAACUGGCCAAGAUCCUGCCUCAACAUUUGCCCGGCGCCUGUGAGCUGCUGCAUUACGCGCACAGCCUGCGCUUCCUCGUUAAGGUGCGACAGCCCCACAGUUCAGAGGCGACGAGCAGUAUCAAGCAGCCGACGCUAGCCGCGCUUUUUGAGGCAGUUCGUGUGAUGUCCGGUACCUUGGAGCUGGCGGCGCACUUUGCUAUCAGCCGCUGUCGCUUUGAGACAGUCUUUGAGCGCAUUCUGGACAAUUGCGAAUCAGUCUCGAAUGGAGGCUCUGAUCUGCCCUCGAAGUCGGUGGCAGUAAGCGGCUCCCUGGAAACAGGCUAUGUACAUUGUGGCUACGAAGAGACGGCGACCUAAACCUGAAUAAAAACACUAAAUCUAUUUUUUUUUUAUACAUUUUAACUGUAACUAUAUUAGCUUUUUACGUUUAUGUUUUAUGUUUAUACAUCUAUAAUAGGACAAAUUUGUUUUGUGAUAAGUUAGGACGGUCCGUUCCAGUGAUAUUAGGGCGUCUUUAAAAUAAGGGGAAGUUAAGAGCUUUAAUACCUAUCAAAUCUUAUGUACAAACAUUUUUAACCAGCGCCGGCGAGUGCAAUUUUAGGGUUACAAACUCCAUUUGAGCUUGUUUCUAUAUAUCUUUGUAAAACAUAAUUUUGUAUUCAUGUUAUAGGAUGAUGUUCAAUAUCUUUACUUUUCCUUGUACUUAUAACAAUUGUAAACUGUAAAAUGAAUAAACU